GGGCGCGCGUGACGUGCGCGGGGAGCGGAGCGGGGCCGCGCGCGCUCGCGGCCGCCGCCCGGCCCAGGCUGCGGGCGGAGCGGGCCCAGGCCCGGCCCGGCCCCAGCGCCGAGUCCCGCGGGCCCGGCGCACCCCGGGCCUGCACAGUUAUUUGUGAAUGCACUUAGCUGAAUAUGGAUCCAGGUGGCGGAAGUUUGGGAUUGCAAACACAAGAAUCCAAAAUGCCUCACACUAUGAUUAUGCAGGAUUUUGUGGCUGGAAUGGCUGGCACUGCCCACAUCGAUGGAGACCACAUUGUGGUGUCCGUGCCCGAAGCCGUCCUGGUGUCCGAUGUCGUCACGGAUGACGGGAUCACUCUGGAUCACGGCCUGGCAGCCGAGGUUGUCCAGGGGCCCGACAUCAUCACGGAGACCGACGUUGUCACGGAGGGGGUCAUCGUGCCCGACUCCGUGCUGGAGGCUGACGUGGCCAUCGAAGAGGCUUUGGACACCACUGACCACGUGUUGACCUCUGACCUAAUCACGGAAACCGUCCGAGUGCCCGACCAGGUGUUCGUGGCCGACCUGGUCACGGGUCCCGAGGGACACUUGGAGCACGUGGUGCAGGACUCGGUGUCCGGAGCCGCCUCCCCGACCAUGGUGUCGGAGGAGGUCCUGGUGACGAACUCGGACUCGGAAGCGGUCAUCCAGGCAGCUGGGACUGUGCCUGGCUCCACAGUGACCAUCAAAACAGAGGAUGACGAUGAUGGCAAGAGCACAUCUGAAGACUACUUAAUGAUCUCUUUGGAUGAUGUUGGGGAGAAGUUGGACCACAUAGGAAGCACUCCCUUGAAGAUCAGCACCGAGGUGGCAAACGAUGACGUUGCCAAAGAUGACGGGUUUGGCUCAGAAGUUAUCAAAGUGUACAUAUUUAAAGCUGAAGCUGAAGAUGAUGUUGAAAUAGGUGGGACAGAAAUUGUCACUGAGAGUGACUUUCACAAUGGCCAUUCUGUAGCUGGAGUGAUUGAACAAGGAGGUGUUGGGAGAAUGCAGCGAGAAAAAAUGGUUUACAUGGCUGUUAAGGACUCCUCUCAGGAAGAUGAAGAUAUUAGCUGUGCUGAAAUAGCAGAUGAAGUUUAUAUGGAAGUUAUUGUAGGUGAAGAAGAAGCUACAUCCCUUCCAGACACCCAGCUCGAGGACUCUGGCGUGAAUAAAACGUUUGUCCCUGUUGCUUGGGCUGCUGCUUACGGAGAUGAAAGAAGGCUUCCCCGAAGAUACGAAGAUGGUCAAGCGGCAGGAAAUAACUUGGAUACACGAUUAGAAAACAAAAACGGUAAUGCAACACAGUACCUGCAGAUUUGUGAUAGCAUUGGCACUAAUAGAGUGCUCAAACAAAAAGCCAAGAAAAGGAGGAGAGGAGAGGCCAGGCAAUGGCAAACAGCUGUUAUAAUAGGUCCUGAUGGACAGCCCCUAACAGUUUACCCUUGUCAUAUUUGUGGGAAAAAAUUUAAAUCCAGAGGAUUCUUGAAAAGGCAUAUGAAGAACCAUCCUGAUCAUAUGAUUAAGAAGAAGUACCAGUGUACAGACUGUGACUUUACAACCAACAAAAAAGUAAGUUUCCACAAUCAUCUGGAAAGCCAUAAACUUAUAAAUAAGGUUGAUAAAACUCAUGAGUUUACAGAGUACACGAGAAGAUACAGAGAAGCGAGCCCCUUGAGUUCCAACAAACUCAUCCUGAGGGACAAGGAGCCCAAGCUACACAAGUGCAAAUAUUGUGACUAUGAGACUGCAGAGCAGGGACUACUCAACAGACAUCUGCUGGCAGUCCAUAGCAAGAACUUCCCUCACGUGUGCGUGGAGUGCGGGAAGGGAUUCCGCCACCCCUCGGAGCUGAAAAAGCACAUGAGGACCCACACGGGGGAAAAGCCAUACCAGUGUCAGCACUGUGUGUUCAGGUGUGCUGACCAGUCCAACCUGAAAACUCACAUCAAAACCAAACACGGCACUGACCUGCCCUUUAAGUGUGAGCACUGUCCCCAGGCCUUCGCCGAGGAGAAGGAGCUGCAGCAGCACAUGGAGUUGUUCCAAGGGCACAAGACUCACCAGUGUCCCCACUGUGACCACAAGAGCACCAAUUCCAGUGACCUGAAGCGACACAUUAUCUCGGUUCACACAAAGGACUUCCCCCACAAGUGUGAGGUGUGUGAGAAGGGCUUCCACCGGCCCUCGGAGCUCAAAAAGCAUAGCGAGACCCACAAAGGGAAAAAGAUCCACCAGUGCAGGCACUGUGACUUCAAAACCUCAGAUCCUUUUGUACUUAGCGGGCACAUCCUCUCAGUUCACACCAAGGACCUGCCUUUUAAAUGCAAACGGUGUAAAAGAGGCUUUAGGCAGCAGAACGAACUGAAGAAGCACAUGAAGACCCACAGUGGGAGGAAGGUGUACCAGUGCCAGUAUUGUGAGUACAGCACCACGGACGCGUCGGGCUUCAAGCGGCACGUCAUCUCCAUCCACACCAAGGACUACCCCCACAGGUGUGAGUAUUGCAAAAAGGGCUUCCGCAGGCCCUCCGAGAAAAAUCAGCACAUCAUGAGGCACCACAAGGAGGCCAUAAUGUGACAGAGGAGCUGCAGGAGGAGGCGGUGUAGAAACUGUGAUAAUGCUAAUUGGGGAAAAAAAUAAAUCUCACGAACUGUUUCUCCUGGUUUCAAAGCUUGAUAUUAAACCAUAACUUUACAUUCUUUGUAUUAAAAGUCUUAAAAGUAUUAGGGUUGGCAGGGGAUCUCAUAGCCCUAUGAUUGUUGCUUAUCAGAACCUAAAGAGCACUAUAGAAUGGAGAGGUUGGAUGAAUGUCUUAAAAGUUGCAGGAAGAUGGAUGAAUGUCUUCAGGUGAAUAGUAUUUCCCAUGGCUAAGUACAGAAGACAGAGCAGAGCUGAUUGUGUGACCCAUUUUGUCAGUAACAUUUGUCUCCAAUAUGAAAACAGUUCGGAGUCGUGGUGGGGUGAGUUACAAAAGGUUUGCAAAGGAGCCCAGUCUUCACUUCUUGUGCAGUUUUGAACGGGGGGGUUUUAGUCAGUCACUUCAUCCCAACGUUUUAAUUGUGCCUAGAAAUUGAAUUUCAGAACUGCUCAAAGUUGGGGGGGUUGUCCCUUGUUUGGUUUGAUUUUUUUUUUAUUUUUUUUUUUGAACAUUUCAUCAGGAAACUUUUUGGUUUCCUUUAUUAGUUUAGGUCCAAGAAGCAUUUUUUUACUGGUUUUCAAAGCUGCUAACCUAUUUUAUUGCAGGAUUUGAUGUUUGAAAUAGAGCACUAUGUUAUGGUCUCAGAGGUGGUGUUCUGGUGCUAGGGUUAAAGAUAUAUAUGUACAUAAUUUCCCUUUUUUUAUCUGAAACUACAGUUGAAUGUUGUUCAGUAUGGCACAUAUAACAAAAUUAACUUUGAAUUUGACUUUUUUUUAAGGAUAAAAUGGAUGCAGCUCAUAGUGUUGUGACAACACUAGUUUUUCUUCUCGCUACUUUAAAAAUCUUCUUUAAAAAAGAAUAUUAAAAACAGUUGAAAACUGUAGAGUUGUUUUUUUUUUUUAAUUAAAAUUCAAAGUACUUAGAAGUUCUUUAGGACAGUGUUCUUAACAGGUAUGACAGUUACUGUCCUACCUCCUAAUAGGAAAUUUUCCAUAUAGACAUAAAAUUGCACCUUUCAGUGGAUUCUUUUUAAAAAAAAAAGAUCUAUACCAUGCUAUAAACAUGCAUUUUCAAUCUGUAAGAAAGUAUAUAUGCAGUAUUUAACCAGAAAAAUCUGCUGCCACUAGAGUUUGGAGGUGGAUCUUGAGUUUACAGUGUAUACAUUUAAAAUAUGCAUCCCUUUACAAUGCUUUGUGUUAGCAUGCUGCAGAUCCAAUGGCGCUUAUAUAACGAGCUGGUCUAGGGCUAUUUAAUGAAAAACCUGGUCAUAAAUGUUAUGCAUAUAAUGUGUAUUUUUUACUUUUUUAGUUGCUUCAUGUUUGCACACAGCUGUUCACAUGAGAAAUUGUAACUUCAUGCUAUAUUGUGGCUUUGUGUUCCAGAUAAUGUUCAUAUUUUGGUUUUGUUUUUGCACCAGAUGAGAAUCAGUUCCUUGAGAAUAAAUUUUUUUUAUAUUUCUAAACUUCAGAAAGUUAAAUUUGGGAAAUCUCUUAGACAAAUACGUGUUUUAUGUGGCUAUAAAAAAUGAUGUACACGCUGUAAAAUAAGAUUGUCACUGUUCUGUGGGAUUAUUAUUUCUAAAUGUGUUACUCAUCGUAACGGGCAUACAAUAAAACGCAUCUCUUGCACUCCAAAGGUUUUGGAGUUUGUUUAUUAUUUAUGGUGUUUAGGAAAGUCUCAUUCUGUGGAAACUUACCUGAUAUUUUUAAUUGCAUUAUUCACUGAUUAGUAUGUAAUAACAUUGAACCAGAAGCAGGUUACUGGAGGUAUAUUUGUCAGACUGUUGAGGGGAGAGCUUUGGCUUUGAUUUGACUAACCCUUUAAACUUAAUGUGCUUAUUUUGUUUAUUUCUAAAAUUAUUCUCAAAUGUGAUACUGACAUUCCUUUGACAUUAUUUUUCCCUUAAGAGAACAUAAAACUUCUCACGUGUUUUGGGAAAACUCAGGUAGGUUUUUUUUUUCCUUUUUGUCUGUGUAAUAAGAACAGCUUGCAGAGUGAAAUAGUAAAAAUGCUGCUAUCCUAAAUUCCCUCUCUUUUUAGGAUACUCGAAUUACAACAUCAGUAGUAGAUUAAAAACUUGAAGAAGGAAGUGUGAUUUUAAAUGAACAGUUGACCAAGGAUUUCCAACAGGCUUUGAGCCACUGAACUCGUAGGUUUUGCACCAAAAAGGUGAAAUUAAGCAGGCAGAAAGUAUUUAUCUUCUUGUUGCUGCUGCUUUGCUUUGCAGUCAGAGGUAGCAUUCAAAAAAAAAGUUGUGCUUUUCUGACCAUGUUAAUGCUUUGUUCCCAUUGUGUUGAAUACUUGGACUGAAAGAGUUUCUUUGUAGCAGCUCAAAGAUGAUCACCCUGGCUCUGUGAGGAAGCCCACGGCCCUGCUGGCUCAUUUUCCCCACCUUACAGGUGGAUGGAAUAAUCAGGUUUCAAAUGCCCACAAUUACUAAAAUAGAAAACAGGGAAGAAGAGCAGCACAACACUCUGGAGGUGAGGGUGAGUUACCUGGGUGUGGUCUGUGUGACUCCAGAGGUGUCAGGAACUUCUGAACCAGGGCUCUCUUUGGCUUUUAUUUCACAGCUGAGGGAGAGAAACUUCCUUGUUACAGAAAGGUCUGUCACAAAAACCAGAAGACAAUUUUUCUCCUGUUCUUCAGUGCAAAACCAGACUCUGUUCAGACAGUGAGAGGUUAUCUAAUAACACUGUUGAUGAAGACAGUCAAAUAGGACAGACUGUGUAUUGUUGUAAAUAUGUGAAGUAAAUGCUGUCUGAUUUUUCUAAUUUGUUCCUGAAAAAAAUGUAGAAAUCUUGGUGGAGCUGCCUGACAUUGAGGUGGGAAAUUAUCUCAAGCAAAGUGUUUAUAAGUAGCAUUUACAGAGCUGAGUAAAUGAGAAAAAUGUGUUUCUGUAAACUCCAGCAGAAAGCACUUUUAGGUAAAUCAGUUCCAAUGCAACAGAAAAGAGGCGACAGCUGAGACCACAGCAAGUAACAGGUACUUUAUAAUGAAAAAUACUAAAUUUGCUUUUUAAAUAAAUCUGGUUUGAAAACAAAACCCAGCCCAUAAAGAAAUGGCUACAUGCUUUACCUACUAGUCUAAUUCAGCUUUCUAGCAACUCUCUGUUGCUUUAUCUGUGAGUACAGUGUGUAGUUAUGACCUGUGCUCUGUAGCAUUUACAGUGCAGAGUCUACAAAUACACCCCCAAGCCUUCGAGAGGCUGAGCCUGCUACCCCUCCAGUACAGCCCCCUGUCCUGAGCAGCAAACUGGGCUUGUUUUGAACAGGUUGCCGGUGCCUCUCUGCUCCAGUGUGGGGAACAGGUGUGCUGUGUUCACUGGGAUUUACCAUCCUGCCAGCUGCAUAUGCAAAACACAUUAUUUGCCUAAUGGUGGCCUUUGUCAGAGAACUGUCCCACCACACCCAGGAACUCCUGUUCAGAGUCUGUGUCUGCCCUCAGGGGCGUUCCCUGUGUGUUUUGCUGUGCCAGGGAGUUGAGGAAACACAGGUUGGUGUUACUGAGGGCAUGGUCAGUAGAUGUGCACUGCCCUUGCAUGGCUGACACCAGCCCACAGUAACUGUACCCAUCAAUAACUCACAUUUCUGCUCUUUGCAGCCUCUCCAGAGCCCUGCCCAGCACAACCACAGCGAGGCACCCGUGCUCCUGGGGCACCUGCAGUCAGGACCCCUGCACAGUCAGGCACAGAUCACUUCAGGACUGGCUGAAGAACAGGAGUUAGUCAAGAAAAGCUGAAGUCCACAGAGGGAUGGCAUCCUGCUCUUCUGAGGGAAAAGUGAGUCCUCAGUGUGUUCCCAGCCCUCCUCAGUGGCAGACUGAACCUUUUCUGGGUGCAGAGUAGCAGAAAGUAAAGCAGGUGGAGUGGCUGUGAACUCCUUCAAACAGCUCUGAUGGCCCAGAGGUUUCUUUCAGUCCUGAAAGAAACAAGCAGCUAGUUAGAAACAAACUUAGUUCUGUUUUAAAACAAAACUACCUGUUAUAAAGCAUCUUACUUGUUUUCUCCAGCAGCCUGAGUGUCUGAGGGAACCAGUGAGCCCUUCUUCUGUACCAAACUCUUUAUUUUUUAACUUUUUUAUUAAUGUUUAAUUGCUUGACAUUUCACUAGGUUGCAAUGCAACUUGGUGAGUUUUAGGCAUCAGUAAUAAAACUCUGCUGUUUUCCAGUGACCUCUGCCUUUUACUUACUUAAUCCCACUGCAGGUAACAUACACCAGGUGUAUGUUUGACUGUCUCUUGGUUGUAUCCCCCCAAACCAUGCUGUUAACCCCCAUGUCCAUGUGCUGCUGUGUCAUUGCACCUGCAGGCACCAGAACACCUGGUUGGGGACCAGCACCUUGACAUUUCUCCAGCCUUGGACUUUAUUUUGAGUCUGGUGUAAGCAGACUCAGCACCACGAGCCUGUGCCCUGUAACAGAAAUAGCUUCUGCAGCCCUAUUUUCUGUUUGCACUCUGAAUCACUGCUUAAAGUGUCACCACUUUUCUGCAUUCCUGGGUUAGCCACUGCCCUGGCUUAAGCUGAGUUUCAGGGAUGUGGUGGUUAGUAUGUUUUAGUAAUAGCUUGGAGUCAUUAAUGCUGCUGAUUCAAAGGAGCACUGCCCACCCAAAACCCUCCUCACCUGAGAGCACAGCAGGGACACAUCCCUCCCACCUGCCCAGUACAGCAACACCCUCGGGACUGGUGUUAGAGCAACGCUGCUGCUUUUGUUCAAGGUAAUUGCACGCCAGAGAAAACAACAAAAGGUUUUAUUUGUACCCCACCCACCAAUUACUGCAGCUUGCAAGAGCCGGGACAGUUCCUUGACUGUAAUCAGUCACUUUGCUUUUUGCAGAGUUAAAUUACCAUGAGAGCCUCCCUCAGCUGCCAGUUUGGCCAAUACUUGCUUUGGAGUUAAACUGAACACUUGGGGAUUGCUGGGAGGGAACAGCCCCUCUCCAGCCACAGAGCUCCAGCUUCCAGACUGGGAUGCUGUACCCAGAGAACCUCUGGAGCUGCCAGAGCCAGCAGCACCAUCCAACCUCCUCUGCCCUGCGAACAGAGCAGCCCCAGCCUGGAUCCAGCACUGGAAUGUCAGCGUUGGACUCCUGCUGCCAGGGAAAACAGGUGGACGAGCCCUGGGAAGGGAGGAACCUGCUCACCCCCAGGUCAUCCUGCAAAUGGCACAGCUCCUCCCGGAGAUUCUUGAAAGUGGAAAGCACAAGUCUCAGGGAUUUAUCCGACGUCGCUCUCAUCUAGGAGGGAAAGAAUGAAAUGGAUAAUUGGGAUUAAUUAGCUCUGUUUACAAAAUGAAAUGGAUAAUUGGGAUUCAUUAGCUCUGUUUACAAUAUGCUUGACAAGAGGUAGAACAGAAACUGCUGUACAGCUGAAAAUCAGUUUUAAACUACUGCACAUCCUUUGAAGUGCCCACAAUUUGUACGAGAAACAUAUUUUCAUGCACUUUGUUCUGCAAAUGCCAUAGUUUUAAAUUGCUGCCUUGCAACACAGGACAGCAUUCUAAAAUGGAAGGAACAAGAGAGUAAGGAACUGCCUUUGUAUACCAAUAAAGGGGAAAAUGAACGUGCUAAUAUUGCAUGAUCAUUGUUUGAGCAUUCAAAGCUUUAUGCUUACACUGAUUUAAAAAAAUUACUGCCCUGCCUGAGAAGCUAUGGAAUGAGUCAUGUUUGAGAUCUGGCAAGGCUUUGGGCUCAAGGGUGAGGGAAUUUAAUUAACAUUUUCAAAAAUUUAAAUUAAAAAAGUUCAUACAACCAACUCCUCCCAUUAAAAGGAGAAAGAUCCCAAAGAUGAAAGGAGUCACCUGGAUGAAAGAAAAAGGCAGAAGUGCAUCACAGCCAAGCACUGUUCUCCUUUGGAAUGUUAAUUUUAAUGCCUGCAACAGCUGUCUAUUGAUUCAGGUGAAAACACAAGUUGUUGCAUUUCAUGAUACAUUUCUGGUAUUUUAAAGAAGAAAUACAGACUUUGAAAGGACACACGAGUAAAUCCUUAAGUUGUGACUCACCUGGAAGGGCUGAAUAUUCUGUGCAAAAGCUGGGUUUUUUUCUGCCUGGACAAAAGUGAACCUUCCUGUCUGUUCCCUUGAUUUGUUGCUCAUCCCAGCUGAAGGAUGUGCUCGCAGUUCCAUCCAUGUGGGGAUUGGCCCUUGUGUGAUUUUUUUAUCCCCACUGGUGCCAUUGUGUAACUGAGGCUUCAAAAAUCACAUUUCUGGUGUCACUCACCUCUUUGUUUUUUAAUUAAAGCAGAAUUUCAGUUUUGA